AAAGAUAAGAUAAGAUAUCGAGACCUCCCUUUCGAGGAGCCUCCCUCUGUUUCAAAAUCAGAGAGAGAGAGAGAGAGUACACGAUUUUCCAGUUAGCCAUACGCAGAUAUGAGCAACUUCUCAGGCGCCCACAUUUGCCAGUGCCUGAGCCGCCUCGCUACCGUCCGUCUCAAUUCUCCGGUCACGAUCGCCGGGGACCGACGGAAAACCGGCGAGCAAUUUGUUGAGGGAGUCUUGGGCCUUGCUGGUGGGCUGCUCGAACUGGGCCUCCAGAAGGGCGACGUUGUCGCCCUCUGUGCACUCAACAGUGAUUUGUACCUGGAGUGGUUGCUGGCUGUUGCAUUUGUUGGAGGUAUAGCCGCUCCUCUCAACUACAGAUGGAGCUUGGAGGAUGCAAGGUGUGCAAUGGAUGAUGUUAGGCCUGUAAUGCUGGUAACGGACGAGUGCUCUACGUACUGGUAUUCAAAAUUUCAGAUAGAUGGCAUGCCUUAUCUGAGAUGGCUUGUUUACAUGAACUACCCUUCAGAUUGCAGCAGCAAACAAUUUGAAUUGAAUGUUGAAACACUUAAAAAGCCUGCUUUAAGAUCUCAACCAUUGAACUACUUCACGGCGACUGACGGUGCUGCUAUAAUAUGCUUCACCUCAGGAACCACAGGAAGGCCAAAGGGAGCUACUAUAAGCCAUUCAUCUUUGGUCGUGCAAUCCCUAGCGAAAAUUGCCAUAGUUGGUUAUGGUGAGGACGAUGUUUAUUUGCAUACUGCUCCAUUAUGCCACAUAGGUGGAAUAUCUUCAGCUAUGGCCAUAUUAAUGGCAGGAGGUUGCCAUAUUUUGAUACCCAAAUUUGAAGCUAAAUCAGCAAUUGCAGCCAUAGAGCACCUCCAUGUGACUUCUUUUAUCACUGUUCCUGCAAUGAUGUCUGACAUUAUUUCCUUAAUCAGGACUAAGGAGGCAUGGAGAGGGAAAGAAAGUGUGAGGAAGAUUUUAAAUGGAGGCGGGGGUCUCCCAGUUGAGCUGGUCAAGGAUGCCACCAAAUUUUUCCCAAGAGCCAAGCUUCUUUCAGCUUAUGGAAUGACGGAGACAUGCUCUUCACUGACCUUCUUGACCCUCUACGAUCCAACAAAGGACACCUUGAGUCACUUGUCUCACAUAACUGGAGACCUAAACUACAGUUUGGUUCAACAACCAGGGGCAGUGUGUGUUGGCAAACCAGCACCCCACAUAGAACUAAAGAUUAUUUCAGAAGAUUCUUCCCGUUUUGGGAGGAUAUUAACUAGGGGGCCCCAUGUAAUGGUUGGAUACUGGGGCCAAAUUGCCACAAAGGCGUCCAAUACCAGUGAUGAAGAUUGGCUUGACACCGGUGACAUAGGAACCAUGGAUGACUGUGGCAAUGUGUGGCUAGUUGGGCGUUCAAAGGGUCGAAUCAAAACUGGUGGGGAAAAUGUCUAUCCUGAAGAGGUGGAGGCUAUCCUAUCACAACAUCCGGGAGUUUCUGGAAUUGUUGUGGUUGGACUUCCGGACACUCGCUUGACAGAGAUGGUUGUUGCUUGUGUUCAAUUGAGAGACAAUUGGAGAUGGUCUGAUUCAUGUUUUGAUCCCUUAACAGAAAACAAGAGCAGGAUAUUAUCUGGUGACAUCCUCCUGCAGCUCUGUAGGGAAAAACAUUUAACUAGGUUUAAAAUACCGAAAAUAUUUAUUGUAUGGAGGAAGCAGUUUCCGAUGACAACAACUGGGAAGCUGAGAAGAGAUGAAGUCAGAAGAGAAGUUAUGUCUUUUAUGCAAUUCUUGCCAAGCAAUCUUUAAGUAACAUCAUUUUUUUCCCACCUCAUGUUCCUCAUUCAUUUGUGCAUUAAUUGGAAGAAAAGAUAAAACCUGAAAAAGACACAAAAUUAUCAUAUUUUUUGGGUAAAUUAAAAUUAUCAUUUCCAUCU